UAGAGAGGAGAGGGAGAAGGAGAGAGACCAACAGGACAAGAUGAGGACCGCGGUAGCAUCAAUGGACGAAUCGACAUUGGAAUGGGAAAUGGCAGACGAGAGGACACCACCGAGGAAGACCGAUGAGGCAUGAGAGAGAUGGCUCAGGAGACGUGCUGUAUCGCCCCAACAUGGAGGCGUAGCGACAGUAGCAUGCAUUAGAGGAGAUCAUUUCAUUGUAGCCUAGCAGCAGCAGCAUCAUCCGUCCGUCCAACCUGAGCGGAGAGGAGGAGAUAGGAGGAGAGAUGGGCUCCCAGGUUGUGCAGACCCUGCGUCAGGGAGUCUGGGCAUCUGUGACCGGGGGCUGGUACCACGACCCGGACCAGAACAAAUUCAACAACUCCUGCCACCUCUAUCUUUGGAUAUUUCUCCUGAUGUUGCCACUGUCUCUUCAUCUGGCCCUGCCCCCUACAACCAUGGCUUUGAGCAUCUACUGCACCUCCAUCACCGUCUUCUUCAUCCUCAUCAAGCUGGCCAACUAUCGGCUGCACGUGAUGUUCGACGAGGGCGAGGGGGUGGUCCGCAGCAGCCUCUCUGAUCUCAGCAAGGCUCCGGAGAAGAAAAGUAAUGCCUCGGACUCCUGCCUACCUGCCAACAUCAGGAAGAGCAGUACAGUCCCCGACAGUGUUGCCAUGACGAUGUUGGCUCGGAAACGUACCAGUCCGGUGAUCCAGGUGACGGUUAAACAGACUGAAACCGACCCAGGACUGAUAGGGGUGGACUGUUCCAAGUCAGACGAGGGGAAGACCGUGGAAGGACAGGGUGAGAGUGCAGCAGAGGUGAGGCCUGUGGAGAGAGGCCUGCACCCAAGCCCUUCUCCAGAUGACCUCUCCAGCCCCAACCCGGACCAGGCCGCCCCCCUGCUGCAGGCCCAGCAGAGGCCCUCGUCCCGAGCUGAAAGAGAAGAGAUGCGGCCUGGAUCUGCGAGCGAGACAGGAAAAAUGGAUGCGGAAAUAAUUGAAACUGUGGCUGUGAAAGAGGGAAUGGACAUUCAGGACUCUUUGACGGGGACUGACCGAGAGCAGUCAGAGCAGGAGAGAACAACAGAGAAAGACUCGGAGCAGGACAGAAUAGAAGACUGUGAGGAUAAAGAGACUGCAGACAGGGAAACAGCUGAUGAAGGUCUGCCUCCCUCAAAGGGAAGUGAAGAUGAGAGCGAGGAGGAGAGCGAGGGGCAAAAAGAGCCCCCAGGUGCCAACAACAACUCACUGGAGACUCCCCAGGAUGAUUUCAUCGACAUCUUAGAACCUCAUGCACAGGCUGAGCCAGUGGAGGAGACAUACUGUUCUGAUGAGAUUGAAGUGGUUCUGGUAGACAACUCUGGCCCUGGGCCAACGACGGCUCGCCUGGACGACAGCGACACUGUCAAGAUCAUCAUCACCAUGAGCUGUGACCCUCAGACUGCUGCUCAGCUGGAGGAGAGCCUCAAGCAGAGCCUUCUGGAUAAUGCACAGGCUCAGAAGGAUGCAGGAGAGUGUCACAUCAAGAUUCCCGUCAUCACCUUCGACUCCCCUGAGAAGGAGAAGCAGAAGGUGGAAGAGGAAGAGGAAGAGGAAGAAGCAGCAGCUGGCUCAGAGUACGACCCCACCCCGAAACAGCAACAGACAGCCAGCCAAAGUGAAGAGUUUCACCUGUGUAGAGAAACAUCCACUUCUGAGUUCAUCACACCGGAGUGUCCAGAUCCAGACCAGGAACAUCUCGGUGUGCAGCUGACUGAUGACAGCACACCGAGCCCUCAGCUGACAAAUGAUAACAGCUCAUCAGGUAUCGAUGUCCACUCCCACCACGAUGACACGGAUCCUCUGGAUCCUAAUGUGGACUCACAAGGUUUCCUGCGCCUGCCGCCAGCUUUGUGUCGGUACGGGCCCGGGGGAAGGACUCACAUCCGUGGGAUGAGCAUGGACAGUGGGAAAGAUGCCGUGCUGCUUUCAGACCGCUCACAUAACACCGCCACCAUGACCAGUUCCAAGUCAGAUCUGGAAGCUAAGGAGGGCCAGAUUCCCAACGAAUCCAACUUCUUGGAGUUUGUUUCCUUGUUGGGGUCCCUCAGUACCAGAGGGGCAGGCGCCAGCUCCCAGGAAGACGAGUGGUCUGAACACAAAGAGGAAGCUGCAGAGGAAGGAACAUCUCAGCAAGAAGAGAAUCUGAGUGCGACUUCCGGACAAGAUGAGACGAUAACAGAGACCAACACGGACAACAAACCAGGGAGACCCAAACCACCCACCAGUCUGCAUACUGACAGACUUCAGGCUAUACCACCCACACAAAUCCCAAUAGUCUCCCCUGACAGUCCACAGACAGACAGAGAGAAGGAUCCAGACUACGACUCCCUGCCCUCACAAACCUCUCAGUCAGAGAGCUCCAUGCUGCAGGUCAUCUGCAGACCAGAGGCUACCAACAAAGAAGAUGCCUACACCUUCCAUACUGUACACAGAGACAGGCCACGCAAGCUGUACGCAGAGAGAGCUCUCAACCUGCCGCUAGGAGCGGAGCUCAUCACUGGCAACAUGUGUGACCUGCUGUCAACCUCUUCCAACUCUGAGUGUCAGGACGGCCUGGCAGGCGGUCACACUGACUGCCCUUUCCAGCGACGCAUCAUCCCUGCACACAGGCUCCGGCCACGAAGGACGCACCCUGAGAUAUUCCAGGAAGAGGACUCUUUGGACGAGUCGUCAGAGACGUCCACUCAGGAGAAACCCACCAGGAAAAUUUAUUACAAACUCAAACUGUUUCCUGGGAAGUGGAUCAACAUUUUAUACGACAGACUCACCCUGCUCGCCCUUUUCGACAGAAACCAGGAAUUUCUGGAGAAUCUAGUUGCAAUCUUCAUGGCCUUCCUGGUUUCCUUCCUGGGUUUUGUGCUCCUCAACCACGGCUGCUUCAAAGACUUCUGGGUCUUCCAGUUCUGCCUGGUCAUCGCCAGCUGCCAGUAUUCCUUACUGAAGAGUGUUCAACCAGAUGCCGCUUCACCAACACAUGGUCACAACCAGCUGGUGGCCUACAGCCGAGCAGCGUACUUCUGCAUCUUCUGUGCUCUGAUCUGGCUGCUGGAGCAGCUACUGAGGAGUAAAGACCUGCCCGUCUCCACCCUGUACGGAGUCACCAUCGGCUGUCACGACGCACUGGGAUUCUUACGAGACCUGCUAGUGGGUUUUACCUACUGCUUCCCAAUCACCUUCCUGGUGGGCCUGUUCCCUCAGAUCAACACCUUCACCAUCUACCUGCUGGAGCAGAUUGACAUGCACCUUUUUGGAGGGACAGCUGCUACGAGUCUCAUCUCUGCAGUCUACGGCAUCCUGCGCAGUCUGAUCGCUCUGUCUCUGCUCUACGGUUUCUGCUUCGGAGCUCUCAAGGAGCCGUGGGACGAGCAGCACACUCCAGCUCUCUUCUCUGGUUUCUGUGGCCUCUUGGUGGUCUUCUCCUACCACCUCAGCCGACAGAGCAGCGACCCCUCCGUACUACUAUCUCUGGUCAAAUCAAAGUUAAUGCCCGCUUUGGAAGAGAGUGAGGAAGAGGAGGAGGAAGACACGGAAAGUAAAGACCCACUGCCAGAGAAACUGCAGAGCUCUAUGAAGGAGAUCCUGCUGUCGGAUGUGGUCGUGUGCUCUGUCGCCUACAUCCUAACCUUCGCCAUCACAGCGAGUACCGUGUUCCUGUCUCUCAAGCCCUUUGUGACCAUCGUGCUUUACGCUCUGGCGGGGACGGUGGGGUUUGUAACCCACUACCUGAUCCCCCAGCUGAGGAAGCAUCACCCUUGGUUGUGGAUCUCUCAUCCGGUUCUCAAGACCAAGGAGUACCACCAGUUUGAACCCAGAGAGGACGCCGUGCUGAUGUGGUUUGAGCGACUGUACGUCGGGCUCCUGUGCUUUGAGAAGUACGUGGUGUACCCCGCCAUCGUGCUGAGCGCGCUCACUAAUGACGGCUUCGCUCUCAGUCACCGCAAGAAGCUGGGAAUCCACUGUGACGCUCUGCUGACGACGGUCGCUGGACUGAAACUCCUGCGUUCAUCCUUCUGCGACCCCAGCUUCCAGUUCCUCACCCUGCUCUUCACACUCGUCUUUUUCCACUUCGACUGUCCGCACGCCUCCGAGAGCUUCCUGCUGGACUUCUUCCUCAUGUCUAUUGUUUUCCACAAGAUGCGUGAGCUGCUGCUGAAGCUGCAUUUCAUCUUGGUUUACAUCGCUCCUUGGCAGAUCGCCUGGGGCAGCGCGUUCCAUGCCUUUGCUCAGCCGUUUGCUGUGCCUCACUCAGCCAUGCUGCUGCUGCAGACUCUGCUCACCACCGUCUUCUACACCCCUCUGGCUCCCUUCCUGGGCAGCGCCAUCUUCAUCUCCUCCUAUCCAAGACCCAUCAAGUUCUGGGAACGAAACUACAACACAAAGCGUAUCGACAACUCUAACAGCAGACUGGUGUCCCAAGUGGAUAAAGAGACGGGGUGUGACGACAGCAACCUAAACUCCAUCUUUUACGAGUACCUGACUCGCUCGCUGCAGCACUCUCUUUGUGGCGACCUUAUGCUGGGCCGAUGGGGCAACUACAGCGCCGGAGACUGUUUCAUUCUGGCUUCUGACUACCUCAACGCCCUGGUCCACCUCAUCGAGAUCGGCAACGGGUUGGUCACCUUCCAGCUGAGGGGUCUGGAGUUCAGAGGUACAUACUGCCAGCAGCGAGAGGUGGAGGCCAUCACAGAGGGCGUGGAGGAGGACGAUGCGUGCUGCUGCUGUGAGCCGGGUCACUUGCCCCACAUGCUGUCGUGCAAUGCGGCCUUCAACCUGCGCUGGCUGGCCUGGGAGGUGAUGGCCACCAAGUACCUGCUGGAGGGUUACAGCAUCAGUGAGAACAAUGCGGCCACAAUGCUACAAGUGUACGACCUCCGAAAGCUACUCAUCACCUACUACCUGAAGAGUAUUAUCUACUACCUGAUCCACUCUCCCAAACUGUCCACCUGGCUCAAAGAUGUCACCGUCCAGGACGCGCUGCUGUCCUACACCAAGUGGCACCACAUCGAGCGCGACCCUCAGGUCUUUAGUGUGAAGAUCGAUGAAGACUACGUGCACUGCCUGCAGGGGGUGACGCGGGCCAGCUUCUGCAACGUCUACCUGGAGUGGAUCCAGCACUGUGCUGGGAAGAUGGAGACGCCUGUGGACAGUGACGAAGACUCUGCUUUGGUCACUCUGUCCUACGCUCUCUCCGUCCUGGGGAGGAGAUCCCUCGGCACGGCCUCACACAACAUGUCCAACAGUCUGGAAUCAUUUCUAUACGGUUUCAACACCCUGUUUAAAGGCGACUUCCGCAUUGCCACCAAAGACGAGUGGGUUUUCGCUGAUCUUGACCUCCUGCAGAAGGUGGUGGCUCCUGCCGUCCGAAUGAGCCUUAAACUGCAUCAGGAUCACUUCACCUGCCUGGAGGAGACGGAGGAGGUCUCUAUCUUGUACGAAGCCAUCACGAACUACCGCAGCAGCCUGGUGAUCUGUCACGAGAGCGACCCCGCUUGGCGUAAGGCGGUAUUAUCCAGCCGCGACACGCUGCUCACACUGAGGCACAUGAUCGAUGACGGCACGGACGAGUAUAAGAUCAUCAUGCUGUACAAACGACACCUCAGCUUCAAGGUCAUCAAGAUCAAUAAGGAGUGUGUGCGAGGUCUGUGGGCGGGUCAGCAGCAGGAGUUGGUGUUUUUACGGAACAGAAACCCGGAACGCGGCAGCAUCCAGAACUCCAAGCAGGCGCUGAGGAACAUGGUGAACUCGUCCUGCGACCAGCCACUGGGCUACCCCAUGUAUGUGUCACCGCUAACAACAUCGUACGCAGGAACACACCGCACGCUCCGCAGCAUCGGAGGAGGCGCUUUAAGUCUGGACGCCAUUCGAUCCUGGCUCUGCUCUAAAUGGUUACGGGUGCGUAAGGACAACCUAACCAGCUGCAACAGUGGUGUGAACAUGGAGGAUGUGGACUGCGGCGCCGGUGGUUCGUCCACGCUGAGCAACAACCGCCCGUCCUCCGUCACGUCCAACAGCCUGAGCCUUUACCAGCACAGAGCCAGGACGACACACAGUCACAGACACCACACUGCAGCCAGGAGAGAGUACCGCAGCCGGUCAGUGCAGCCUCAGAGUCAGCGCCCCCCCGUCACCAGCCAAUCAGGGCCCAUUCUGGACUCAGGCUCCACCCAUGGGCUUGUCCAGCGUCUGUCCAACAGUCAGCUGUCCUUCAACACUUCCAUAGCCUCUAUAUUCUCACAGGUCCCUCGUCUCUCAGGAGCAGGUGGGAUCAGCUCACAAAUCCAGGCAGCGCAGCAUCAGCAGCGCUCCAGCCAGGUUUCCUCGUCUUCGUCCACCCUCAGCUUGCUGUUUGGGAAGCGUAGUUUCUCCAGUGGCCUGGUUAUCUCCGGGCUGUCCGCUGCUGAAGGGGGCAACACCACGGAUACGCAGUCCUCGUCCAGCGUCAACAUCGCCAUGGGGCCCUCGCACAGGUCCAGCAGCAGAGCCACACAGUGGACAUCAGAGCCAUAUGAAAGUAUAGACGCGACCUACUCCAACGCAGCCAUCACGGUGAAAGACAGCGUGCAGUCAAGUGAGCGAGGCUGCAGCCAGGGAUUAGACGAGACCCAGGAGGACUCGGCAUCUGUCUCAACAGCUCCGGAGGCAACCGAUCAAAAGACUGUCUGAGAAAGUGACAACACACACACACACACACACACACUACACACAUUCUCGUGCCCAUAUACAGAGAGGACUGUAUGACAAGUAAACACAUAAACACAAACAUACAGAUGAUUGUCUGACAGAGCACCCAUGCACACGAACCUGCCUCCUCUCCUGUCCUCAGCAUGUGGUCUCACCUUGUUGUCUGAAUGUAAACAAGUCUGAAAACAUCAUCUUGGAUCCGGUUGAUGAAAUAAAGACAUUUUUAAAUGA